GUCCCUACUCCACUCUAUUCUCUCCCUCCCGCGCGCAGGAAACCGAAAAUACACACAAAGAGCUCUCACUCUCUCUUUGCUCAGGAUGUCAUAGAGCGCCCCCAGUGCCCACGCGUUCCUUCCAUCUCCUCCCAAAUCCCUUCUCAAAUCAACGGCUCCCCUCCGUAACCCUAGAAAUGUCGAGCUCCCAUUUCGCCGCCGGCGACGCCGUCGAAGUCCUGAAGCGGGACGACGGUUCCUCCCAACUGACCUACUACCCCGCCGCCGUCCUCCGCGCACCCGCCAAGCAGCCGAACACCAUUCUGAUCGAGUACCAGACGCUGACGAACGGCUCGAUUCCGGCGAAGGAGCUCGUCGACUGCGGCAGCGUGAGGCCCGCCCCGCCGCCGGUGUCCUGGGCGUGGUUCAAAGUGGGGGACGGCGUCGACGUCUACAGCGAAGGAGGCUGGCGCGCAGGGAUUGUGAAGGAGAUACUCGAGAAUUCCAAGUACCUGGUGGCGUUCGCUCGCCGGAGCGAGGGAAUCGUGACGGAGCAGUGCACCCUCAGGCACCAUCGGGACUGGGUCGACGGCGAUUGGUUCCCGCCACUAGCACCGCCCCUCCUCCCGCCGAGGAAGCGAUACAUGGAGGAACCGAAACCUGGGAAGAUAAUGCUGAAGAUCAAAUGCGGGAAAGGGAGAACUGAGACAAUGCUGAGAAAAGGGACGAGAGUGGAAGUGAGAUCUGACGAUCCAGGUUUUGAAGGUGCUUGGUUUGGUGGCAUCAUAAUCGAUCACGAAGGGACGGACAAGUAUUUGGUUCAAUAUCUGAACCUACUAAAUGAGGAACAAACUGCUCCGCUGAGAGAAGUGGUUAGCGCAGGCGAUGUAAGGCCUUACCCACCUGAAACUCAGCCAGUCAACUGUUACAAGUUUCUUGAGAAGGUGGAUGCUUGGUAUAACGAGGGCUGGUGGGAAGGUAUGGUGUUGAGAGUGGAUGAGAGAUUGAAUAAGUAUAUGGUCUUCUUCCCAACUACAAAGGACAAUAUUUAUUUUGAAGCUUCAAGUCUCAGGCCUCGUAUGGAAUGGUUGAAUGGGAAAUGGGUCAAGGUAAAAUCCGGGGAGGUCAACCAUAAGGUGACAAAAACAGGCUCUGGUUGCAGGAAGGGAGUGAAGGUUGAGGUCAGAAGUGAUGAAGUUGGUUACCAAGGUGGUUACAGCAAGGGAAUGAAAGUUGAGGUCAAAAGUGAUGAAAUUGGUUACCAGGGUGCUUGGUUUGUGGCGACCAUUCUCAAUGUCCCAAGGAAGGAUAGGUAUCUGGUACAAUAUGACAAUCUACUCACCGACGAUGAAACCAAGUACCUGGAAGAGGAGGUAGAUGCUUCUGAUGUCCGCCCAUGUCCUCCAGAGGUGCCAUAUAAUCGCCCUUACGGACUUCUCGAUAUUGUGGAUGCUUGGUAUACUGAUGCGUGGUGGGUUGGGCGCAUUAUUAGAGCUUAUAGAGAGAUGAAGUAUACAAUCCAAUUUGGGACAGGGGAAGAGUUGGACUUUCAGCAUGCCCAGCUGAGGCCUCAUCAAGAGUGGAGUGAUGGAAAGUGGUCCUCUGUUCCUAAGGAUUGGAAGUUUUGAUGACCACCCAUCAAAAGAAGAGUAUAUCCAGUUGAAGGAUCUAACUCUAGAAAACCAGAAAUAGCUCCGAGGAUGUGAUUGGAUUUGUAGAGAACUAGAGAUUGCGCACCUUCUGAAUAGGAAAUCCUAACUUUUUACCCUAAAUGUAUUUAUCCCUGGAAAGUAGCUCACUUUUGUCCUAUAACCCUCUUCCCCUCCCUGUUGUCCCAAGUGUAAGACUGUUGCAGAAGAACAGCCUUCAAUAUGGAGUUGGUACAGUUGAUAUAUAUAUAUAUAUAUAUGUAUAAGCUUAUAAGAGGUUCCAAUGAGUACAUUACUAUUUCUUUUAUGAAGCAUGUGGCCUAUAUUCAUCUGAUCUCAGCAAGUUGUGCUCUGAAGUUGACUCUCUUGGCCUUUUCCCAGUUCUAGACUAUCAUUUUCGACAAGAGGUAACUAGAAUGGUUUAUUCUCUUUCUAUUCGUUUGUUCAGUUGAAAAUGAGGUUCGCUUUUCCCUUUUCCAGCUGAAGAUGAUGAGCAACAAAAGAGAAAGAAGACAUGACAGUAGAAGAUAACAAAAGGGAAAGGCAGAGCCCAAUUCUCACCCUCCCUCCAGCAUAUUCUUUGUCUGCAAGCAUAUGUAAGCAUAUCCUUUUCUCUUCACGCAACCCAUUCAUCGUCCCCAAGUUUACCACUUCAUUACAUGACCCCAUUAUCCUACUAAACUAUGUAAGACACUCAAGUGAAAAAGAUAAUAAAGAAACUGACCAGUCUUACUUAACACAUUCAUACGAGAUUACCAGAAAUUCAAUGGUUUUCAAUGCAUAUUAAGGCUAGUAACUGGUAAGUAAAUACAUCGGUAUAUAUACAGUUCAUAGUUGAAUACCCAUAUUAUGAAAUUCAGAGGAACGAAGUAAAGAGAAUCAUCAUUGUUUUUAGGCGGGUGUUUGUGAGGCUUCUAAACUGCUGUUCCCAUUCAUUAAAACGCCAGUCGGAUUCCCGAGUUCACCUCCUGAUCGCCGCCGCCGCCGUCACCCACGAACAAGGACAGCGGGAAAGACUUGGAAAACCCCGCCGGGGUCUUGAACGCGAUGGUGGUGGGUGAACAACCGUCACCGGCGACGCCGGUGACGUGGACCUCACACAACGUGAUCCAGAACAGAAACUCCUUGGCCUUGACCCCGGUCAGGUUCCUGAUCCUCCUUCGCUCGAAAGACGCCGUCACGACGGCGUCGCAGCGGACGGCGACGGUGUCGAACUUGUAGUGAUCCUUGGUCUUCUUGUGCUUCAGCCACACGAACCCGGUCUCCUUGACGUGCCCGCAUUCCUCGAUCUCCUCGACGGCAGCGAGUAAGACGCUGCCGGGGAAUCCGAUCUCCGCCAGCAGGAGGGCGAACUUCUCCCUGCACUUUGCGUCGCCGUGGCAGACAUCGGCGGCGCCCUUGGUUUUCAUCUCCUCGAUGAGAUUGCACGACGCCGUGUUGGAUUUUCCGGCCGGUUUGUGGUGGUGGUGUAUCAUCAUCGCUCCCAGCUGGUUCGGCGUCGUCGUCGGGGUUGGAGUCGGUCUGGACAAGGCUGGAGGAUACAUAGCCGCCGGCGAGUAUAAAGGGUUGGGAUUUUGAGGAGGGUGUGGUUUUCUUUUUUGCCUUUGCCGUUUUGGACAAGGAAUACAAGUAUGGAAUGGAAGGCGGAGGAAGAAGAAGGUGGGCGCCUUCGUUUUAUGCCUGCCUGCCUAGUUAGUUAUUUUGUUUCUCCGAUUGCUUUGUGGCAUCUUUUCGGCAUAUAAGUCGGGAUUUAUUUUUGUGGAGAAUCACCUUGAUGGAGAAGGGAUUGUGUGCGGCAUGCGGUUUGUUGUGCACAAUUUUUUAGCACAAUAUUUCCAUUGUGGUAAGAUUUAAAGAUUGUUUUUUAUAUAUAUAUAAAAGGGUGAUAUAAAUUUAAGGUUAAUAUUACUAAA